AUGGACUUAGAUUAUAAACCAAAGGUUGAUUGGGAUACCAACUGCCAUGUUAUUCGUCAAUUGAAAGAGAAUUUAUCAAAGAGGCAACUUCGGCUGUUUAAGAAAAUAUGCUUUGGCUAUUUUUUGAAUCUGCCACUAGUUAUUGUGCAGAUUCAGGUUAUGCACCAUUUUCUUAUUAGAGAAGUACAUCAUGAGGUGCAAAAGGAGAUGUGUUUUGUAGUGAAUGAUUCUAGGUUGUGCUUUGGUUUGGGUGAAUUUGCACUUGUUACUGGCCUGAAAUUUAAGGGUGAUACACGUAUAGAGAGCAUAGCAGAGAAUAGGUUAAUUUCAAAAUAUUUUGGGGCUGCAUCCGUGACAUUGGCCCAAUUAGCAGACUGUUUUACGAAGAAGAAAUGGGAAACAGAUGAUGAUGCGUUGAAGAUAGCAGUUCUUUAUUUUGUGAGCAGCUUCUUACUUUCUCAACUCAAAACAAAGGUUAUUUCACGGUCUUAUAUUGACUUGGUUGAGUGCGGUGAUUUAAAUAAUUAUCCCUGGGGUAUAGAUGUUUAUAACGCUACAAUCGACUCGUGUUCCAACAAGUUUCAAGAUAAGCCUUCUUUUUAUAGACUCGGUAGCUUCCCGUUGGCUUUACAGAUUUGGUUGUAUCAAUGCUGCCCAAGUUUGGAUGGUCACUUUGCUGAUCAUAUUGGAAACAAACUUCCACGAAUUUUGAAUUGGGUAGUCAUGGGUCAAAUACCGAAUGAGCGAGUUACUUUGCGAAUGUCUAGCUUGCAAAGCGAGAAGCUAAAGAAUAUCACCCCAACUGAUGAUGAGAAGCAACUAUUUGAUGUGCGUGGUCUAAACUUUGAAAUUGAAGUUGAGUGCACUGACAGACAGCCCGAUAGCUUUCAGGUUUUUGGCACUCAAUUUCCAAAGACACAAAGUAUGCAUGAAAGUACUGGAGGUAAUUCCCAACCUACCAAUGCUGAGGUAAUGAAGGAGUUACAAGGUUUGAAGCUUUUUCUAGAGAACAAGUUUGAGGAGGUGCUUGCAGCUAUUGGUAGGCAGUCAAUGAAAUCAGAGGGAAAUUCAGCGCAUAAGCAACAGGAUAAUGAUCCUAACUUUCGUGAGAUGCAUAAUGACUAUGACCAGUUUGAAAGGGGCCAUGUUGGGAAUGAUCAUGUAGUUAUUGGAGAUAGCACGCCCAAAGCGCCUUCUAUGUCUGGUUUUGGUGGAGUUGGUCCAGAUGGAGGUGCCACUGCUGUCAAUGUGAAGAACGUCACAGCAAGUCAUGGCGUAGUUAAUGAUGAUUUGCAUUCUGCACCCUUCGUAAAUGAGCAUGAUUUUGGCUUGGAUUCUAACUUUGAACUGUCUGCAUCUACAAUUGAUCAAAUCACCGCCAUUACACAACAAGCAACAUAUAAGCAGUCAUCUCAUGAUAUUAAAAAGUCGGGACUUGCUCCGCUGCCAUCAGGAAUUCCUGUACAUACACGAGCAGAUGUUGUUAUUGAGUCUAAUACUGCUCCACAGGAUACGAUGUUGAUGUUACUAAUUCUUGAUGCUGAUAAUGCUUUUAUGUGUUCAGCAUCUCGGGUUGAUGGUGUUGGUCAAGUGGAUGUUGGUGGCAGUACUGUGAAUUUGCCUUCUGCUCCAUAUCGACAUGGGGGUAAUCUUCACUUGGAUUCUGAUUUUGAAUAUACUGAUUCUCAACUUGAUCUAAUUGCUGCCAUUACACAAGGAGGGAGACGUAGUGUAAAUCAAUCUGAAAAUGAACUGACAACUCGUGAUGUUAAUAAGUCUAAACCUGAUCAGUCAGUAUCAAGAAGUAUUGUCCAGACACAAACAGAUGUUGAAACAACUCCUGCAAUUUUUACACGGAGAAGGCGCCCUGCAGCUGCAAAACAGUCGCCGUAUAUGAAUGACUGGCAAUCUGGUGUUAGUGCAGUUGAGGGAUCCUCGAAAGUUAUCAAAGGAAGAUUUCAAUUUGUAAAUGACAUUUCAGUGGCUGUCGAUUAUAAGCUUACGACUGCAUUCUCAAACCUUGUCGAAGCAAACAUGCAAUUGGGAGAGGAAGUGUAUUUACCUGGUGAUCAAAAGCUGGACCCUUGUUUUGAUUUUGAAGUUGAACAGAUUGAUGAUAAGACAUUUUUCCAUACCUUAAACUAUUCUGGCAGGCCGCUGUCUAGUUCGCACUUGAAUAUUAUAUUCUACUAUCUUAGGAAGAAGACGAAAUAUGGAAUUAAUAUGCCAAUCAAAGUCACAACUACAGAUACUCUUUUUAAUAAUAUCAUUCAAAGGGUUUUCACAAAUUUGUAA